AUACUCCACAUAUACUGAAAUACCCGAUUAUACCUCAAUUGGAUUUUAAAAGUAGAGAAUUGGCCUAUACUUGGUUGCAAAAUGACCAAGUAUAUGCACCUUUGUCCUUAGAAUAAACUACAGUAACUCUUUACAUUAGCACUUGAUGACUCUUCUAGAUCAUAGGACGACUUAUAUAUUCAUAUGAGAUAACUAUAAUCCAAGCUAUAUACCAUAUAUGACAAUUCGUUGUUCUUUCUUAUAAUUUGGCAUAAUAAAAAUUGGUGACAAUCCCGAGAAUUGAAAACCUCAUUUUUUUUUUGGAUACGCUGUUUAAAACAGGAGACUGAAAAUUUGUAAUCUAUUUGAUCUCCUCCAAACUACUUUCAACUAUCAACUAUCCAUUUCAAAACAAUGUAUAUAGCGAAGUGGACCUAUUUCAUAGUAUUCGUCCAAUUACUCACUGCCAUUUCAGGUAGAGCUACUGAAGAUGAGUAUUCUAAUGACCCAAACGUAUUUGAAUUAACUCCAUCUACAUUUGAUAAAGUGAUUCAUAAUACCAAUUAUACAUCAAUCGUUAAAUUCUAUGCUCCAUGGUGUGGUUAUUGUCAACAAUUCAAACCAGUGGUUAAGAAAUUAGGAAAAUUCUUUAAUCAAGAUAGUAAAUAUGAUGUUCAUGUUGCUGCUGUCAAUUGUGAUAAAGAAUAUAAUAAACAAUUAUGUGCUCAAUAUCAAGUUCAAUCAUUUCCAACUGUGAUGAUUUUCAGACCUCCAAAAUAUACUAAUGGAGAUGUGGUUAAGAAUAAGAGAGCUGCUAGUGAAGUUUAUAAUGGAGAAAGAAGUUUGAAAUCAUUAGUGGCAUUUGCAAAUUCCAGAAUUAAAAAUUAUGCUACGAGAUUUCAUAAUGUUAAUAGUGAUAAUUUAAAAUCAUGGUUUAAUAAAGAUCAAGAAGAUCAAUUUAAGAAAGUUUUAUUAUUGACAUCAAGUAAUCUGGUAAGUCCAUUAUUAAAAUCAUUGGCUAUUGAUUUCUUAAAUACGGUUAAAUUUGGAAUGAUAUCUCUUAAAAAGAAUGAUAAACUCCCAACAACAUUUGAAGUUGAUGGAGUUGCCAAAACACUUCCCAUAAAUGAAGAUGAUAAAGUCCCUGUAUUAUUAUAUUAUGAUGAAGAAGCUGAAGAGUUUAAAUCAUUCAAUCAAUCUGAAAAGGAAAAAUUAAAUGAUAAAGUUAAAAUCAGUGAAUGGAUUAUACAACAAACUAAAGUUAACCCAGUUGAAGGUCCAUUAUCUAAGAAAGAAAAGAAAUAUUAUUCGAAUUAUAGAACUGGUAAAAAGGUUAAGAAGACUUCAGUUGAACAUGAUGAACUUUAGACUCCUCUCAAUUUGAUAUGUCAAAAGUAUUUUAUGAAUAUUUAGCCAGAUUUGAAUGUAAAAUUUAUAAAUCAAGAUCUUUUUUGUAAUAUGCUGCGAAAUUGUAA